AGACCGCAUUCUCCAUUGCAACCAUGCCGCGAAAACGUGCAGCCGCGGCAAAGCGUCCCAAGGAAGAGGCCAAGGAACGCGGCCUGCGCGCCUGGCGUUCCAAGAGCCGUGAGAAGAAGCGCAGUCGCGAGAAACGCGACGAGAAGAAGCGCAGCCGCCGGCAGAGCGGCACACCGCGAGGCAAGACUUGCGCCAAGUCGCCCAAGCGCAAAGCCAAGUCGCCCAAGCGCAGCGUGUCCAAGCGGCGCAAGAGCCCCUCACGGCGGAGGCCCAGCCGCCGUCGCUCCUCCAAAAACCGCCGCCGCGACCCGCGCUCGCCUUUGCCGCGGCGCACGCGGCCGGCCGCGAAGCCGAAACGCUCCGCAACGAGCAGCUCGCGGCGGGCGCGGCGGAACCGCUCCAGGGAGAAGAAGCGGCGCGCAAAGUCCAGCAGCUCUUUCCCACCCAAAACCAAGCGGAAGCUAUCACCGCCCACGGUGAGACGGAAAGUGGAGGAGCCGCGAGGUCGCAAGACGCGGCCGCCCAGCUCUAGCGCUUCGCCGCCGCCGAAGAAGGCCACGCCCAAGCCGAAGCCGCCGGCGCCGUCGCCGGUGAAGGCGGUGAAGGUCGCGAAGACGGCGCCGGUGAAGAAAACUAUCACCAAGAAGACGCAGAAAAAGGUCAGUCCAAAUUCUUCAACGUCCCCAGUGCCGGUGCCGGCAGUGCCGGCGGUGCCGGCGCCGGCUGUGGCGAAGGGCACGAAGAAGACGACCAAAGAGGUGAAGGUCACAGAGAGCAAGGAGAAGGGCAAGACUCCCAGUAGCGUCAACAAGGAGCCGCGAGGUCGCAAGACGCGGCCACCCAGCUCUAGCGCCUCGCCGCCGCCGAAGAAGGCCACGCCCAAGCCGAAGCCGCCGGCGCCGUCGCCGGUGAAGGCGGUGAAGGUCGCGAAGACGGCGCCGGUGAAGAAAACUAUCACCAAGAAGACGCAGAAAAAGGUCAGCUCAAAUUCUUCAACGUCCCCAGUGCCGGUGCCGGCAGUGCCGUCGGUGCCGGCGCCGGCUGUGGCGAAGGGCACGAAGAAGACGAUCAAAGAGGUGAAGGUCACAGAGAGCAAGGAGAAGGGCAAGACUCCCAGUAGCGUCAACAAGGAGCCGCGAGGUCGCAAGACGCGGCCGCCCAGCUCUAGCGCUUCGCCGGCCGCGCCCAAGCCGAAGCCGCCGGCGCCGUCGCCGGUGAAGGCGGGGAAGGUCGCGAAGACGGCGCCGGUGAAGAAAACUAUCACCAAGAAGACGCAGAAAAAGGUCAGCUCAAAUUCUUCAACGUCCCCAGUGCCGGUGCCGGCAGUGCCGGCGGUGCCGGCGCCGGCUGUGGCGAAGGGCACGAAGAAGACGACCAAAGAGGCGAAGGUCACAGAGAGCAAGGAGAAGGGCAAGACUCCCAGUAGUGUCAACAAGACCAUCGGUCAGCAUGGCCUCUUCGAAGCCACUGUGAAGAGCAAAUGCCUGACGGCGUGGUCUCCAGUGAGGGAUUGUGCCGAUAGAUGA